CGCACGAGAGUCCGAGAAGCAAAAUGGCGCGAACAGCAGGUUAAUCAGUCGUCCAGGUGUGUUAUUAAUCAGCGGCGAGGCAGUGCGGGUCCACGUGGCUGCGCUUCACAUCGGGGAACACUCGAGGUUAAAGUUGCAACAGUCACCAGCACAAAGUUCAGUGACCAAGUUGUGCAAAAAUAAAGGCAGUGAGACGAGAGCGCAUCAGAGCGGUUUAGAGGAUUUGGGAGCCGCACUUCAAGAUCGCUGCAAGGAUUAUAUAUUCAAACAAGGUCAGGACAAUAGCGCCAUGUCAAGGUGCUCUCGGAUGGAUUACGCUAUGAAGUCCCUCAGCCUUCUGACUCCGUCUUCCCUCUCCAAGUGUGUGUCAGCCAGCGUCUCGGCGAGCGCCUCCAUGACCCAGCAGCUGCUGGCGGGUCGAGCUCUUCGGCUGAAGCCUUUCAGGGUCACAAAUGCGGACCGCAGCGUGAAGAAGGGCAUCAUGGCGGACGUGCUGAAGGACCUGAUGAACAAGGCGAGGAGGGUCAGUGACUCGUUCAGUGUGCCGUGUGUCGGCGCCCUGGUGCUGGACGAAGACGGGACGGGUGUGGACACAGAGGAGUUCUUCCAGACUCUGCCGGACAACACUGUCCUCAUGGUCCUGGAGAACGGCCACAGGUGGACCCCGCAUCAGAAUCGCCUCUCCAGAGAUCACCUCAGCGAGCGUAGAUCACAGCACCGGAUAGAUGUGGCCAAGCUGACGUUGGACCUCUACAAAACCAAUCCCAAGGACUUCAUUGGCUGCCUGAACAUGAAAGCAACCUUGUAUGGUGCUUAUUCUGUGUCCUAUGACCUGCGCUGUUAUGCUGCCAAAAAUAUGCUCAAGGAAGCUCUACGAUGGACCAUCUUCUCUAUGCAGGCCACGGGCCACAUCCUGCUGGGAUCGUCCUGCUACAUCGAGCAGCUGCUGGAGGAUGAGGACCAAGUAGAGAAGAGCCUGGCGCUGCCCCAGGAAGGCAGGAUCAGGCAGCUGCAGAGCAUGCUGCUGGGAAAGAUAACCUACUGAAUGCGGAUUAGAGCCGACGAGGGAGGAACUUUAGUCCACUCUCGGUUUUAGGGGCACAUUGAAGAGGAUCACAGACGAAACCGCUGAUCUCUACAUGUUUGUGUUUCCUGUGCAGUUUGCAGACAUUUCCGCAGCCUGCCUGUCGCUUUCUUGUUCUGUUACAUUUUUUUUUUUGCCUGUGUAAAAGUUAAUACCACAAGUUAUUCUCCAAAGAGUACUUUUACUCACUACUGUUUUUUUUUUUUUUCCUAUGGAGAUGAAUCAA